AUGAUCCUCCAACACUCUUCAGAUGAAGUUUUCUCUUUACAUCUAGAAACUCAAAGACUUUAUCAAGCUUCAUUAAAGACAGAGAUUGCCUUCUACCCCUUGAUGCUCAUGCUCUUCGACGGCGUGUCCCCCUCCCAAAUUCCAUCAAGCCUUCCUUCGAAGAAGCUUCUUCGUACACUAGACACGCGUCAACAAACUCUGGGGAUUGGAAAGGAAGUGGUCACCAAUCUGUUGGUGGUUGUGGUCUCUUUGCAUCAAGUCGAUUGGCUUGCCUUGUUCGACCGUGAGCCUUCCUGGUCCAAGGCUCGCGAUGACAAUGACCCGUUUCCUCCACACGCACAAUAUCGGGGAAAGUCCCGAACGAAGACGCUUGCAAACCUUCAGCUCCGGUCCCGCAGGUCGAGUGCCGGUAAAUCCAAGGGCAUCCCUACUACGAGCAGGGGAUUAAACUUACCCCUAUGGACCAAGUACUCCUCCGGACCCAACGCCAACGGCAACCCCAUCGCCCCCGGCACAACAGAAGAACCCUUGGGGUUGCCAGAGUCAGCACCCUGUUGGCUGCGCAAUCAUGCCCAAACCCAAGAAAGGGUUUUAGGUUUUCCCAAAUCAAUUUCUACCCGUGGCGACGUCGACAGCAACUUCUGGACCAGCAUUAGACUCAUCGAAAACGGGCUCCCGCAUACCGUCGCGGUACCCAAAGGAACAUCCAGCUUGGCUCUUCGUCAUCCAUCCCAACUGGCUCGCAUGCCCAGUGACACCCUCGCGCUUGAGAUGAGCAUGGAGAAACGGAUGUUUCUUUCUCCUCACCUCCCACACCCCGUUGCAGUCAUCCCGCCUCCUCCCCACACCACGCACACCACCUCUUGGGCUGUUACCACCACCACAACCAAAGAUUCCAUUCGGUGCCAUCUUCACUGUAUCUCAUUCUCGAGCUUCCUCGGCCCUUUGAAUGAGGCACACCUGCUCGUCUUGCCGACCCGAGUGCCUCGGGUUUCAAGUGCCUCGGAGCAGGUUGAAAGGCCCGAGAAAUUGGAGGAGCUAGCUGACGGCGACAGUGAGAGUGCCCAUGAACCCAGCACCUAUGAUGACGGCCCUCUCUCACAGCCUCAAGCUGGGGGACCUCCUUUCAUCAAGCCGAUGGAAACCCUCUCCAUCCUGGUCGAUGUGGUCGAAAUCUCGGUCACGCACAAAGUUGGGUGGCGGGAUGCCAUCCUGUGCCUGACCACAACCACCUGCGUAAUCAUUUCAAGGUUUACCAUUUUCUCCUCAACAAACAUCACCUUCAGUGUUGCUCAAGUGUGCCACGAGGUAUUUAGCCUGAAUACGGCACGGCGGUCGCGCGUGGCGCCAUACCAUAACGGUCGUCGGUCCGAAAUUCCCCAAGAUGUGAAAAGAUCGGACGCUCCCCUUGUCACCUCUCAUUCGUGGCUUUUGGAUAGAGCCCCUUCUUUUCCUCCGCGAACCAAUCGAGGCCCCCUGUUCUACCCCGAAUCAUCCACACUGCUCAUAUUACUCCAAACCCCAACAUCACCAACCGCUCUUCAGAUGUUCAUGCUGUACGGAGCUUCUGUCGGCUCUGUGGCCUACGUCAACGCUGCGGUUUAUAUUUACGGUAGGUAUGCUCUGGAACCCUGGUCUUGUCUCAUUCCGUCCCCGACUGUAUCGUACCUUUCGGAUGACGGUGUCAUCGUCUCCUUAGCUCAUUUCCGCUUUCCAGUCAUCUGGGGACAUCGGCCGUCUUAUGCUUACACCUUUGCCAUCGCCGAAACUGAAGAACUCAAGCCCCGCAUAGAGCUUCAAAUACUAUCUACCUAUUUGAGACACGAGCUCAGUUUGCGGUUUCCAAUCUGGUACGCGGCGGAGGCAAGUGCCCUGUCAUCCGCUGGUAUUCAAAUCUCGGAUCUGACUUCCAUUGGCCACUGCUACUGUGAUCGGUCUAAAACACAACGCCGCAACUCCACACAUGUUGUUACGCUGCUCUGGGGGUAA